CCUAUAUUCUUGACUUGACUGCAGGACGUUCACUCGCACCCAUAAGACAAACGAAAAUCCUCUCAACAUGGCCGAAUCAAUGGAGAUAGACGACGCGCCGCUGAAGAAAUCGUCGAGCAGCGAGCCACGCACGGCUGCAGGAGCCGUUGCUGUGCGCAGCAUCGAAGGUUGGAUCAUCAUCGUCACAAACGUACACGAGGAGGCUAGCGAGGAAGACAUCCAAGACAUGUUCGGAGAGUGGGGCGAGAUCAAGAACUUGCAUUUGAAUCUGGACAGGCGGACGGGCUAUGUCAAGGGAUACGUGCUCAUUGAGUACGCGACGUUGGACGAGGCCAAAGCUGCAAUAGAGGGCGCAAACAACACAAAGCUGCUCGACCAAACCAUCACAGUGGACUAUGCCUUUGUGCGACCACCGCCAGAGCGGGGCCAGGGAAGCGGACGAGGACGUGGAGGGGGUCGCGGGGAACGAGACAGUCGUGGUGGCAGAGGUGGAGGUCGGGCUAGGAGUAGAAGUCCGGGAGAUGACAGAAGACGGGAUAGGGAUGACGACGACGACGCUGACUGAGGAAAAGGAAUUGGCGCACCACGUCGUCAGAUCCGGCGCAAAAACAAAAGCGGGACGGGAGGGCGAAACAAACAACAGGACCACGAAACAGCUACACGGAUGGGUUUCUUUCUCUUCAUGCUCAGGAGCCAAUAAAGUAUCGUCGGCUUGCUCACUCUCCGAGCAAGUCGGCAGUUUUUGCAAGCUGCACGUGCCUUGUGAAUAUUGCUCCACGUCACUGCACCAGGGACGUCGAUAAUCAGGUGAGUGUGUCUUACGCUUGUCUGAUUUAGUCUAUCUCUACGCAUCUUCUUUCAAAGCUUCUCCUUGCCACCGACGGGCACAAUCGUACGUAUCGCUUGGAACCUGUUCUGGAACGCCCGCUGUGAAACGUUCGCCUGUGGCGCUGUCAACUCGAAGCCGUGCGUGCAUCCAGGAUAGAUAUGUAGCUCGCAGCUCACGCCAGCCUGGACAAGUUUCUUCGCAUAGUCAAUGUCCUCAUCACGGAAAAUGUCCAUGUCGCCGCAGUCAAUGUACGUCGCUGGCAGCUUUGCCGCCUGCUCGAUAGUCAUUCGAGCAGGUGCAGCUGAAGGCUUGAGGUCUGCCGCGCCGCGGCUGCUACCAAGGAUACCGUCCCAGCCCGUGCGAUUGUCGUCCGCUUUCCACACGGCGAUAUCAUCUAUGGCCGGAUCAGGAUCCACGUUGCGAUCGUCGAGCAUGGGGUAUAUGAGGAUCUGCUUUGCGAUGGCGGGUCCGUUCUUCUCGAGGUUGUAGUGCUGCGGCUCAAGUUAGCAGUGUUGAGCGUAACCGCUCCCGAGCCGCGUCAUGCCAUACCAGUAGUGCGGCGGUCAUACCCCCUCCGGCACUGUCUCCCAUGAUUGCGAUCUUUUUGGGAUCGAUGCCGAACUCAGCUGCAUGCUCAACCAUAAAGAGCAAGGCCUUGUGCGAGUCAUCUACGUUUCCAGGGUACUUGACCUCAGGCGCCAGCCGAUACUCGGCGGAAAAGAAAGGCACUCCCGUCUCCUCGACAUAUUUGCCGACAACCCCGUUGUACAUAUCAAUGUCGCCUGAAAUGUAACCCCCGCCGUGCAGAUAGAGCACACCGGAGCCACCCUCUGGUGCGUUCUGCUUCUUGUACAGGCGACACCUGAUCGACUGCCCAUCGCUGACGGGAACACUGUAAUCCUUUGUCGUGAUGUCUGCGGGCAUGGCAGGCGCUAAAGCCGCGAACAUGCCGGCAAUCAUCUGACGACGAGAUUCGACGUCGCCGACUUUAGCUGGCGGAGGUGGAGGCGCACCACCCAUCAUGGCCAUGAGGCCUGUUUGAACCUCUGGGUCAAGAGUGAACCCCAUUUCUGCGGAUACGAUGGGCGAAGGGACGAAAAAUGCUCGGCAAGGAUGGUGAACCGUGGUCCAGAGUCUCGAGUGUAGCUGUGGUGCUUCAACGCAAGAGAAAUUACCAAGCUGUCGGAGGGGGAAGUCAAGUUGUAUUUAUACGUAUUUUUUUUUAUUUCUAUGCAAUGCCCUCAGAAACCCCGCUCGGAAGCUUUCUCACAUCUCCACAGUCUUCUAUUUUAUCGGGGUGUCGGAGUCGAUUCAGGUACUGCUUGACCGUGCAGCAAACACGGCUUCGCGGCUUUUGAACCACCUUAACCCCGCUCCAGGGUUCCUUCGGCGAAAGUACACUACCGCCUCUAUCACAAUAAAAAAAAAC